AUGCGUUGCGACGAUCGCAACGUCGAUGUAGAACACUCGGAAUGCUUGGAGGUCGCGUCACUGUCAACAGUGUCUGCCUACGAAGGGGGCGACAGGAACACAUGUCUCGGCGUGAGUGUCGAAGACAAAACACAUAAAGUGUUCCUUCCUAUCAUCAGUAUCAAGCAGCACGCCAGAACGGCUGACUCCGGGCCGGAGGGUCCCAAGCCGGGACAGAAGUUGAAAGGUCAAACCAACAUCUUACCCUGGAAGAGAGCUUUUGAACGCGCUACCAGAGCGGCUGCCGAGUACCAGAUUGAGAUGGAGGAAUACAAAGAAAACCGCUGGAAGGUUCUCCAGGCGCGCAGGCUCAUCCAGGAUUGGGUCUGCGAUUAUAUCAUCCUCGAGCUCGAAGAAGUACCCGACGAUGCUGAAGAUCCAAAUGCGGCGCACAAAUACAUCCAAGACAUAGACAAAGACAAUGAAGUGUACGUCCGCAAGGAGAUCCUCAGCAAAGUCGACGCCAUGAAGCUGGGAGACUUUGAAAACGUGGCCGCUACUUCAAGCCAGCACCGUCGGUACAAGGCCGAUCUCAAGGAAGCUGGAUACAUACUGCAUGUGGUGAUGAUGAAAUGGCAACCAACAUCCUUGUCGGACUUACCUAGGCGUAUCGACCCUCCAUUGACCACUAUGACUUCGGCAGACUCAACAGUGUUUAAGGCACUCACGAUAUCAAGUUCCUGGACAGAGCACUCUUGGCUGUGGUAA